AUGAGCAGAGUCCUGACCGAGCCCGUCGGCGGCAGCUUUCGGAAAGAUGCGCCUCGUCCGCCAGUACCGGGAGAGGAGGGGGUGGCAUGCACUUCUAAAAACGUGAAAAUGAGACACCUAGCUAAGACUAAACCCGUGUGUGUUUCUGUAGCACCCGGCGGCACGAGCAGGAGGAACAAGGGUGGAAUGGGCGCACCAGAAGGAAGCACCUCCUCGGACUCACCGCUCGCCUGCUGGACUCAACCGUUACACUUUCUGCUGGGAGAUCAGGACGGGGCUCGUCUCUUCAGGAGCUUCUUAGAGACACACAACUGUGUGGACAUGUUAGACUUCUGGUUCGCCUGUAACGGCUUUAGGCAGAUGGAUCUAAAGAACCCCAAAACACAGAGAGUCGCCAAAGCCAUUUACAAACGCUACAUUGAGAACAACAGUAUCGUGGCCAAACAGAUGAAACCCGCCACCAAAACUUUAAUUCGGGAUUGCAUCAAGAAGCCGCAGGUCGAGUCGUCCAUGUUCGAUCAGGCGCAGACAGAGAUCCAGCGCACGUUGGAGCAGAAUGAGUACCAGCUGUUUCAACAACACGUGCGCUGUGAGAGCAUCUAUCUGCCUCUUAUAGAGGAUGAGGAAUGGAGCUGCACGGACCUCAAAGCCCUGGCCACGGUGCUCGGAUUAUCUGAUACAACACUGCCGGAUAUACAUGAACAUGGAUGGAGGUCUCACAGAAGAGGGCAUCAUGCCAGGAUGUAUUGUGUCAACUCUGCUCAUGUUUUUGCUUCAGCGACCAGCACACAUGAGAGUGAAAUCUCCAGUGAUGCCACAACAGAUGACUCCAUGUCUGUGACUGACAGCAGAGGGGAUGGAAUCCCUCUGUCCAAAUUUGGCUCAAGAAAACAACAGCAGCGAGAAAUGCAAAGAAGUGUGAAGAUCAACGGGCAAACAUCCCAACCUCACUUUCCUAGGACUCAUGGAUUUACACGAGGGAUGAUGCCAGUUGAACCUUCUGCAUUUGCAGCAGAACUCAUCGCCCGUCUGGAGAAAGUGAAGCGAGAAAGAGACUCUCUCAUGUCACAGGAGGUCAAACUGCAGCAGAUACAAGAGGAAGAGAAGAGAGAUGGGAGUGACCCUCCUCCCUCUCUCAGCCUGUUUUCCUCUGGGUCCUGUGAAGAGGAUCCUCAGGAAACUCUGGAUGAGCAUCUCUCCAGGGUCUUAAAGACCCCAGGAUGUCAGACCCCUGGCAUUCCCUUUUACUCUCUCCGCUCAAGAUGUCCAGACGUCCAUCUCCACCGGUCCUCCAGCCCUUUCCCCAAAACUCCCUGCACCACCUCCGUCAAGAUGUCCUCCACUAAACACAUUCAUCAUUUAUAUGUAUGUCACCAACAUGAAGGGUGUAGCAAGAGCAGGGAGCAGCUAGAGGUGGAGGCCGCAGACCGGGUCACUCAGUGUCUGGCGCCGCAUGGGUCCAGCAGCACCUUUCACCGAUGUCACAGCCCAGAGUUCACGUCAAGGAGGACCAGUAGCUUAUCGAAACGUCUGGGUAAUGUCCCAGAUGGAGAAAACAUGUGUCAGAUGAGCGAAGAGGACAGCAUUUCCCCACAGCUUCCUGGAGAUGUUACAGAUCCAUCACAGAAUGUGUGGCAGUGGAUCUUGGAGAGCGAGAGACAGCGGCGAUAUAAAACACACAGUUCUCAGGGCCUGAAUAAAUCAGGCAGGACUCCUCUCUGGGGUUUUGGAGGAAUGGGUGGGCAUUCUUGUGGGCAUCAUCCUGGCCAUGCUUUUAUCCAGGACUCAGCCAUGCCACCUCUGCCCCCUCCAAAUACACUGGCUCAGCUUGAGGAGGCAUGCAGACGUCUGGAGGACGUCUCUAAACCGGCCAAGCAGAGACAUUCAGUGGGCAGCCUGCAGAGAAACAGAGGUCAUGUGUCUCCUCAGACUGAUGACAGCCCAGACCUUCAGGCGGAUGAGUGGAGGGAACUGAGAAUGCAGAGCAGUGGACUGUGUGUAAGAUCCACAGACUCUGAGCUGGUAGUUACUUACUACUUCUGUGGCGAGGAAAUCCCUUACCGCAGACUCAUGAACACACACGGUCUCACGCUUGGACAUUUUAAAGAACAGCUACACAAGACAGGCAACUACAGGUACUACUUUAAGAAGGCGAGUGAUGAGUUUGAAUGUGGAGCUGUGUUUGAAGAAGUUUGGGAAGAUCGUUCUGUCUUACCCAUGUUCAAGGGUAAAGUUCUCGGCAAGGUGGAAGAAACAGAUUAAAGAUGAACAAUAAUCCCCCAACCACCUCGCUAUACUGACAGACGACUUAGACUCAUUAUUAAACUUACUAUCUACAUCGAGCGUCUGUGGAACAUGAUGCUGAUGGACACUUUGGACCCCAUUCCCCUUUUUAAGCUCACUUGAGUUAAUCAAUGGGAAGGAACACUUGUAACCAAUCCUUCGCCACAGCACCACAAGAGAUAUACGGCCUUCUGGGAAUUGUAGUUUUUAAGUAGCUUUGUGGUAAUCAACAUUACGACACAAAUACUGUCGAUUGAUCUUCACUUGUGUUG